AAUUCUGUUUCUCGCAAUGCAGCAACCUAAAAGUUUUCCCUUCGAAAUCCGAGAUGUCGAAGAACGCGAGAAUGAGGAAUUGUGUAAAUAUUUCUCAGGUGUAAAUGGAAAAUGUAAUAUUCAAGUAGGACCCAAGAAAUACUUGCUCUUAAGUGAUUACAAGAAUGAAGCUGAAAGUAUUUAUAACAUGCCGCUCAGACCUGAUGAUAUCUUUAUCGUCACCUAUCCACGAUCAGGAACAACAUGGACACAAGCAAUAGUGUGGCUGUUGGCGUAUGAUUUAGACUUCUCCACCGCAAAUCAGAUUCCGCUCGAAGAGAGAUCUGUGUUCUUAGAAUUUCCAAUGCUCAUGCACAAGGGCCUUUUAGAUAAGUUGAAAAAAGUACACGCCGGUAAAGAAGAGAAAUUGAAGGCUCUGGAUCUUGUAAGCGUUCCUGGAACGGUACAAGUAGCGGCAAUGCCUUCGCCGAGGAUCAUUAAGACCCACCUGCCGAUGUCACUCCUGCCCCCGAGUUUGCCUGACAGCUGUAAGGUGGUGUACGUGGCACGGGACCCUCGAGACGUUGCCGUUUCUUACUAUCAUCUCACCAGCGAAUUUCAGUCGUUCAAAUUUAAUGGCGACUUUAAAGCUUUUUGGAGUUUAUUCGUCAAAGAUUUGGUAUACUGGUCACCUUUCUUCGAUCACUUAAAAGAGGCCUGGGAGAUGCGUCAUCAUCCCAAUAUGAUGUUUUUGUUUUAUGAAGAACUAUCACAGAAUCUCUCUGCGACCGUAAAACGUAUCGCCGAUUUCUUGGGCAAAGAGUACACGGCUGAACAAUUAGAUGACCUUUGUACUCAUAUGAAAUUCGAUAAUUUCAAAAAGAAUCCAUCUGUUAACAUCGUUAACAUGAAAGAGUUAGGAAUGAUGGCAACAAAAGGAGAGUUUGUUAGAAAAGGCAAGUCCGGAGGCUGGCGUGACUACUUCGAUGCAGACAUGAGCCGAGAGGCAGAGGACUGGAUUGCCAAGAACUUGCAGCACACCGACUUGAGAUUUCCAACUGUGUAAUAACUGAAGAAUUUUAUUUA